AGGACAGUCUGUAUUAGAAUCAUGAUUUCUUUUGGCAUCCUCCUUACAUUAAUUGUUCUGAAUUCCAGCCUGGCUUUCAGUGAAGUAAAGAAAGUGAUUGUUUAUGGGGGAAAUGGAGCACUGGGCUCAGAGAGCGUGCGCUAUUUCAGAGCUAAAAAUUGGUGGGUUGCUUCUAUUGCUUAUAGAGCCAACAAAGAAGCCAGUGCAAAUGUUAAAGUUAAGCUGACUGAAUCCUUCACUGAUCAAGCCAAACAGGUAACACUGGGUGUUGGUAAGCUGUUGGGUGAUGAGAAAGUUGAUGCCAUCUACUGUGUGGCUGGAGGUCAAGCAGCAGGCAACGUUAAAGCUAAAUCUCUUUAUAAGUAUGCUGAUCUGAUGUGGAAGGAGAAUGUUUGGACCUCCACUAUUUGUAGUCACCUAGCAACCAAAUACUUGAGAGAGGGAGGGCUGCUCACACUGUCAGGAGCCAAAGUAGCGCUGGGGCCAACAGCAGAAUCUGUUAGUUUUGGUAUGGCAAAGGCAUCUGUACAUCAGCUGACCCAGAGUCUCAGUGGGCCUAACAGUGGUCUUCCUCCGAGAUCUGUUGCUCUAGCGAUCCUUCCAGUAACUUUGGAUACACCCACAAAUAGAAGAAUCAUGCCUAAUGCUGAUGUCAGUUCCUGGACCCCACUUAACCAUGUAACACAGCUGUUCUUUAAGUGGACUAUUGGAGAAAGCAGACCUCCUUCAGGUAGUCUUAUGGCGCUUGUUACUACAAAUGGCAGAACAGUAGCUACCCCUGUUAAAAGCGCUUAGCAUAUUAAUCAGCUGUCAGUCUCACAAUAAAGAACAUUUUUAAACCA